GAAGGUUUCCGGCCGGUCGGCGGCAGGGUAUCAGAAGCAGAGGAUUUGAAUAUGGGAAUCGCAAACCCAGUCACAUCAGAUCUGCAGCGUUGCUCAGUUUAUCGCUGCCUCAAUAUCACCGGCUUCUGAACAUGGAAGGAAGGAUGUAUGUCUGUUUCAUUUUUGGGGAAAACUUUCAAACCGUGUUGUGACCAGCAAGGCAGUGACACUCUCACAGCUGACGGAAAGUCUGACAGUAGAAAGAAACAGUUGCACAAACAGAGAAGGCAUCACAGUGGGGAAAAGCCAAGCACACGUCAUGUUUAUCUGUGAGGUUCCAAUUAAACACCUUGAAGAAAAUUUACAUGGUUUCUCUCCAAAUAUUUCCUUCAUAAGAAUGCUGUAAGCUGACAGGUCGUUGAUGGUUGGAAAAGAGACCAAUUACUCAUCCCAGAUGAAAGCACGUGCAUUUAAUUUGGGGAGCGACUUCACCUGCUUUAUGUCUGGGAGGUGGUUCACUGAUUUAUUCUCCUGUUCAAACACUUCUGCCUUAACACCAGUGAAACCAUUUCAGUGGGCGGACUGUGGGGAUAACUUUAAGCAUUCCACUGGUCUGAUUGCACAGCAGUGCAUCCAUACAGGAGAGUGGCCAUGAGGAGAAAUUGUAUAUGAAAAUGUCAUCCUUGCUGACCUGCCGGUGAGUUCUUAGGGGAGAAGUCUUCCUGAUUUGCGAAGGGAUUCACCCUGUCGCGUAACGCGAUGGGACGCCGGCGAGUUCACGCAGCGGAGAGGCCGUUCUCCUGCUCUCAGUGCGGGAAGGGAUUCACUCGGUCCGCCGACCUGAUGAGACACCAGCGGGUCCACACCGGGGAGAGGCCGUUCGCCUGCUCCGAGUGCGGGAAGGGGUUCGCUCAGACAUCCAACUUGAUGAGACACCAGCGGGUUCACACCGGGGAGAGGCCGUUCUCCUGCUCUGAGUGUGGGAAACAAUUUUCUCAGUCGUCCAACCUGCUGCUGCACCAGUUAGUCCACACCGGCGAGAGGCCAUUCACUUGCUCCGAGUGCGGGAAGGGCUUCACUCUUUCAUCUCACUUGCUGUUGCAUCAGAUGGUUCACACCGGGGAGAGGCUGUUCAUCUGCUCUGUCUGUGGGAAGGGAUUCACUCAGUCCUCCUCUUUGCUGACCCACGAGAGAAUUCACACGGGGGAGAGGCCAUUCACCUGUCCCGAGUGCGGAAAGGGAUUCACUCAUUCAUCAGACCUGCUACGGCACCGGCGGGUUCACACCGGGGAGAGGCCGUUCACCUGCUCUGACUGUGGGAAGGGGUUCACUCACUCGUCUGAUCUGGUGAGACACCAGCGAGUUCACACAGGGGAGAGGCCGUUUACCUGCUCUGAGUGUGGGAAGGGAUUCACUCGGUCGUCCCACCUGCUGAGGCACCAGCGAGGUCACACUGAGGAGAAAGUUUACACAUGUUCCGAGUGUGGACAAGGCUUCAGCCGAGCAUCCGCCCUGCUGAGACACCAGUGCAGCCACACCGGGGAGAAGCCCUGGAAAUGUGGGGACUGUGGGAAGGGAUUCAAUUGUCCGUCGGAGGUGGAAAUUCAUCGGCGCAGUCACACCGGGGAGAAGCCAUUCACCUGCUCUGUUUGCGGGAAGGGAUUCACUUGCUCGUCACAACUCUGUGCUCAUCAGCGGGUUCACACUGGGGAGAGGCCGUUCACCUGCUCCGUGUGCGGGAAGAGUUUUACUCAGUCAGGUGAACUGAAGAGACACCAGCAUGUUCACACUGGGGAGAGGCCCUUCACCUGCUCUGAAUGCGGGAAGGGGUUCACUCAAUCAACCCAACUGCUGACACACCAGCGGGUUCACACUGGGGAGAGGCCAUUUAACUGUUCUGAGUGUGGGAAGGGAUUCACUCAUUUUUCUAACCUGUUGGCACACCAGCGGGUUCACACUGGGGAGAGGCCGUUCACCUGCUCUGAGUGUGGGAAGAGAUUCACUUAUUCAUCCCACCUGCUGACACACCAGCGAGUUCACAGCGGGAAGAGGCCGUUCACCUGCUCGGAGUGCGGGAAGGGAUUCAUUCAGUCAUCUAGCCUGGUCACACACCAACGCGCACACACUGGGGAGAGGCCGUUCACCUGCUCCGUGUGUGCAAAGAGAUUCACUCGGUCAUCCUCCCUGCUGACACACCAGCGGGUUCACACCGGGGAGAGGCCCUUCAGCUGCUCCGUGUGCGCAAAGAGAUUCACUCGGUCAUCCUCCCUGCUGACGCACCAGCGACUUCACACCGGGGAGAGGCCCUUCACCUGCCCCGAGUGUGGGAAGGGGUUCACUCAGUUGUCCAACCUGCAGAAACACCAGCGAGUCCACAGCGGGGACAAAAGACCUUUCAUGUGCUCUGUGUGUGGGAAGGGAUUCAGUCAGUCAUCCCGCCUGGUGAAUCACCAGCGAGUUCACACAGGGGAGAGGCCGUUCACCUGCUCUGAGUGUGGGAAGGGAUACUCUCAGUUAUCCACCUUACAGACACACCAGCGAAUUCACACCGGGGAGAGACCGUUCUCCUGCUCUGUCUGUGGUUUGGGAUUCAGCCGGUCCUCUAUCCUGGUAUCACACCAGCGAAUCCACACCGGGGAGAGGCCGUUCACCUGCUCGGAGUGUGGGAUGGGAUUCAGCCGGUCAUCUCAUCUGGUGACGCACAAGCGAAUUCACACUGGGGAGCGGCCGUUCACCUGCUCUGACUGUGGUAUGGGAUUCACUCAGUCAUCUAACCUGAUCACACACCAGCGGAUUCACACCGGGGAGAGGCCAUUCACCUGCUCCGAGUGCGGGAAAGGAUUUGCUGUUUCCUCUUAUCUGCGCAAACACCAGCGGGUUCACACCGGGGAGAGGCCGUUCACCUGCUCUGAGUGUGGGAAACGAUUCACUCUGUCAACCCACCUGCUGAGACACCAGCGGGUUCACACCAGUGAGAACGGGCUAUUUACCUGCUCCGAGUGUGGGAAAGGAUUCACUCAUUCAUACAACUUGCUGAGGCAUCAGCGGAUCCACAAUGGGGAGAGGCCGUUCACCUGCUCCGAGUGUGGGAAGGGAUUCAGUCACUCGUCCAGCCUGGUGUUUCACCAGCGAGGUCACACUGGGGAGAGGCCAUUCACCUGCUUCGAGUGUGGGAAGCGAUUCAGUCACUCAUCCAGCCUGUUGUUUCACCAGCGGGAUCACACCAGAGAAAGGCCCUUCACCUGCUGCGAGUGUGGGAAAGGAUUCAGUCGGUCGUCCAACCUGGAGAUACACCAGUGCACUCACACCGGGGAGAGGCCGUUCACCUGCUCCGAGUGUGGGAAAGGAUUCACUCACUCGUACAACCUUCUGAGACACCAGCGGAUUCACACUGGGGAGAGGCCGUUUGCCUGCCCGGUGUGCGGGAAAGAAUUCACUCGGUCGGCCAAGCUGAAGAGACACCAGCGAAUGCACACGGGGGAGAGGCCGUUCACCUGCUCUGAAUGUGGGAAGGGUUUCACCGAAUCAUCCACCUUGCUAAUUCACCAGCGAAUACACACGGGGGAGAGGCCAUUCACCUGCUCUGAAUGUGGGAAGGGAUUCAAUCGGUCAUCCAGCCUGGUGAUACACCAGCGUGUUCACACUGGGGAGAGGCCAUUCACCUGCUCCGAGUGUGGGAAGGGAUUCAGUCGGUCGUCCAAUCUGGUCGUACAUCAGCGGAUCCACACUGGGGAGAGGCCGUACACCUGCUCCGAGUGCGGGAAGGGAUUCGCUUUGUCAUCCCACCUGCUGAGACAUUGGCGGGUUCACAGCGGAGAGAAGCUGUUUACCUGCUCCAUAUGUGAGAAGGGCUACAAAGAGUUGGACAGCCUCCAGAGACAUCAGCGGGUUCACACCGGGGAGCGGCCGUUCACCUGCUCCGAGUGUGGGAAGGGAUUCAGUCGCUCAUCCAGCCUGGUGAUUCACCAGCGGAUUCACACCGGGGAGAGGCCAUUCACCUGCUCCGAGUGUGGGAAGGGGUUCAGUCGGUCGUCCAAUCUGGUGAUACACCAGCGUGUCCACACAGGAGAGAAGCCAUUCACCUGCUCCAUUUGCGCAAAGAGAUUCACUUGGUCCACCUCCCUGCGGAGACAUCAGCAGAUUCACAGCAUUGAGAGGCCAUUCCCCUGCUCCGAGUGCGGGAAGGGAUUCAACCGCUUGUCCAGCCUCUUGACUCACCAGCGAGUUCACACUGGGGAGAGGCCGUUCACCUGCUUCGAGUGUGGGAAAGGAUUCUAUCACUCGUCCAGGCUGCUGAUUCACCAGCAGAGUCACAUUGCAGAGAGGCCCUUCACCUGCUCAGAGUGCGGGGGGGAAUUCACUCAGUUAUCUCACCUGCUGAGUCACCAGCAAGACCACGCCGGGGACAAAGUUUAACCGUGCUCCAUUGUGGAAUAUUUAAACCUUGUAGCUGCCGAGACACCGGUGUGGUGUUGGCUUCUGCAGUUCCUGCUGCUCUAUCACACCCAGGACUGAACCCUGGGCACUGGGGUUCGUUUCUGCGGGUGUCAGUAACCGUUCUGGACCUGCGUAAAAUAAAUCAGUUCUGUUUCAAAUACGGCGUCUCAAGCCCUUACUGCCUGUGCAGUACGCAGGAUGUACAGUAGGAAGCGAGGCCAUUGGAGCCACUGGUCCCCGCCAGCAUCAUGCUCCACAUCAGCCUCUUCCCACCUGGUCUUGUAAAUAUUAAAGCUGCCGAUGCUGGAAACGGUAACAAAAAAAUUAGUGCUGGAAAUACCCAGCCGGUCAGGCAGCAUCUGUGGAGACAAACAGUUCGCACUUCAGGUCAAGAACCUGUCGUCAGGACAGGGCGAGAAAACAAGUGUGUUUGAGGUUGCAGGGAAUGGGAUGGUGGAGAGAACGCGGGGAAUGUCUGUCAGAGGGUGCAGACAAGACGGUCAAGGUGACCUGGUCUUGGAUCCAUCCAGUUACCAGAUGACUGGGGGCGUGGUCUGGGAUACAUCUCACGGUUUCUGCAUGUUAUUUUGUUGUUUUUCCCUCACUCAUCUAUUCACUGGGGGGCUCCAAAGGCAUCGUGUCACCUGGGCUUUCUUGGUCCUAGCUCGAUUUCAGAAAUUCUCUGUUCUCUCCACUCCUCUUUGCAAUAUGAAACGCACGUAAAAAAAAUGUUGGAUUAGGGUCUGUUGUUUUUAUUGUGUUUUUCUUUGUAGUUUUAGCUGUCUUUAUGCUUACCUGUAUGUUUGUUUCGGCACGUGUUUGUCUGUACACUUUUAGUAACUUGUAUUAUAUAUGGUUCGUAACUUCUGCAGUUUCUUUGUCUGCAAAGCUGAAGUGUGACUCAGGCAGCACCUGUUCACAGGUUCAGACCGGUUUGCAAUAUAAAAGGAACGCAUGAGCUCAAGUUUCUUUGUUACUUCUUUACUUGCCUUGCUUGUUGGCACAGGCUGACUCUGUCUGACCUGUACUGUGAUGAACAUCUAAUAA